AUGCAUGCGUAUGCCCUGUUGGCCCUGCUCAUCGGGUACGUGGCCGCCGCGGGGGCAGUAGGGUGGAGGUUGCUAAGGACAUACGGCCACAAAGACGAGAGAAACAAUUUUUUAAACAAAACUAUAAAGCUCGUCAUCAUCAUGGGGUACAUACAAUGCAUGGGGAUGAUAAUCCUCGUGCCAGCAGUGGCCCAAGUUGACUCCUUUCCCAGAGUGAAGGAGCAUUUCAACCCAACGCAGCUGUGCAAAGCAAUGUACGUCAUUUUCGGGAGCUACAUAUUUAUCCUAACGCCAUGGUUAGCAGUGGUGUACUCGCAAGGAGGAGAGAUGUCCAACACAGAUCAGCAUGCAAAUCGAUUAAACAAAGGGACAUACACUCACUGGAGGAGUUACUUCAGUAAGACAUGUAAUACACAUACGACAAGUGCCAUCUGUAAAAACGUACUUCUAAUAUGGAUACUCUCCAUAUCCUUGUCAUGCUGCCUUCUUUUUUUAACCUAUCUGUAUUUUCACAAAAUCAGCUUGUCUUUAAAUGCGGAUGGCUGUGCACUGUGGUACCCUUACUUAGAGGAAACCAACAAAAAGAAACUACUUUCGCUCAAUCUGAGGAGUCAUGAGAGCUGCCAAAAUGUGGGGAAUGAAAACAUCCGAAUUGACUUUAACAUAAAUUUCAAUGACUAUAUCGUUAUGUUUGUCUCGUUGAUGGGCUCUAUCGGAUUUGCCGUCUACGGGGGCAUCGGAUUGGUGUUCCUUCCCCUUGGGGUAUUCCUUUCCGGCGUCAGUCGCUGUCAGGGGGGAGAACCCAAUCGUGUCGCCCAAGGGAACAACAUAGUCCUCACCAACCGCGCGGACGAACGCAGGGAAGCGAUAUUCAAGCAUGAGCUCACGCGCAUCAACAGAAAGGCAGAAGAGCUUUUGCAGAUCACCCAAGAGGUGGAACUCAACAGAGAGGAAACACGGAAGUCGAAUUAUUGGAAAUCGAUUUUGCAAAACAUACAGUACAAACGGGAGAAAAGAAUGCUUAACUAUAUGGUGCACAGGCUAGAAGUAGACUAUGAAACAUUGGUGCACCGUUACAACAACCCGACAAGUGUGUCAUCUUCUUUUGGACGGUUCCUGCUGGGUUUUCUCUUUUUACUCACUAGUGGGACUAUAAUUGCCCACAUCUGCUUUUGCAUCCUGAGGGGGCCAACCGGACGGGACAAGUUCGUGCGCGGCUGGUUUCUUCUCCACUGGGACGCUGCACAGGAGCUCCUCGCGUGGAAGGACUCACUUUUCCUUUCGAUGCUGGUUUACCCCCUGGUGACGUCUUACCUUCUCGUUUGCGCCUUUUUCGGCUUCUCCUACAUAUGCCACAAGCUAAAAGUGGGACUUCUUCUGGCCCUGGAGAGGAAGAGCACCUACCUGGAUACCAUCCUGCUGAACACGUGUCUCCUCAUGUUUCUGUCGUCCGGGGCGCCCCUAAUCUCACUGAGACUCUUGCCCGCGUAUGCAAAGAAGCCACACGGAUUCACCUUUUUCGAUUUAGCCCUGAAGAACCUCAGCUUGAUCGGAGACCUAUACGCAAGGAACGGCCUGCUUUACCUAAUUCUAGUGACCAAUGUGCUAACCGUCCUGCUCUUUUUCGUGCCCAAGAAGAGCGGCUUCUUCCCGCUGUUUAUGCCGGCCACCUUUCGGAAGAUUCUAAACCAGCGGGGGGAAGUAGACCCGGGAAUGGACUCAGACAACGAGUUGGACGGACAGUUAGAAAUAGAUAUAGAAAGCUACAGUACGUCGAGAAGUGCCGGCAAGGUCUCCACAAGAAAUGCAAAUAUAUUUAAAUGA